AUGGCAACUAAGUACACCGCAGCUCACGAGUCUCCUAACGGCCCUGGAGACAGCCUGAUCCUUAUCACGGGCUGCUCCUCCGGCCUAGGAAUCGAGACCGUACGCGCACUGGCAAGGACAGGCGCUACGCUCUUUGUCACAGCGCGCGAUCCCUAUAAAGCUAAAGCCGCCCUCGGCAAUCUCCUAGAGUCCGACAAAAUCCAUCUCCUAGCACUCGACCUCAACUCCUUCGCCAGCGUUCGAGCCUGUGCUAGUGAGUUCCUCUCCAAGAGCUACCGGAAACUCAACAUCCUCAUCGCUAAUGCCGGCGUGAUGGCGACACCGGAAGGCAAACCGUCGACGGCUUCGAGACCCAAUUCGGCCUCCUCUACCCCAACCUCGCCUUCCCGGGUAGUUUUCGUCUCCUCCGCUGCCUAUCGCAUUUCAACCGUACAUAUGGAUAACCUCUCCCUUGCGGGUGAAUACGAUCCUUGGAAGGCCUACGGACAGAGCAAAACCGCCAUCAUCUGGACGGCUAACGAAGUCCAGCGCCGGUACGGAUCGAAGGGCCUCCUCGCUUUCAGUCUGCACCCUGGCGGUAUCACUACGGGUUCCCAGCAACAUGUCCCUGAUGAAGUGCAGCAGAGCUGGGGCGCCGACAAGUCCUUUAAGCUGAGGUGGAAGAGUCUUGAGCAGGGCGCUGCAACUACUGUCUGGGCGGCUGUUGCGAAGGCCCUAGAGGAGCAUGGUGGGAAAUAUCUUGAUGAUUGUCAGAUUGCGGGUCCGCAUAAUCCUGAAACUGGGCCUAUGGGCCCUGGGUAUGCGCCUUGGGCUUAUGAUGAGGUGAACGCGGCAAAGUUGUGGGAUGUUUCGAUGAAGAUGGUUGGGUUGGAUGGGGAGGACUGA